AUGGCCGAAACAAAGGAUAUAGCUCCCGGUACCUAUAUGCUCGAAUUAGGGAAGACGUUUGUAGGACAGCGUCGUUCAGAUGACCCUUCCUACCAUACACUUCGGUAUGAUUUCAAGCCUAUGUCAGUUGCGUCAUCAGAUUCCGAUACCUAUAUCGCUUUUGGGACAAAUGGAGAUGUGCACGUUGCAGUGCCAACAGAUGGAGAUAACAUGAGCGUAUUUAAAGGGUCAAAGAAAGAAGCUAAAACUAAGGAGUGUUUGUUGUUUUUUGAUAAGAAAACGGGAAAAGUGCGGCUUGAGAAAAUCGCUUCGAAUAUCAGUGUGAAGAAAACUAGGUUAGUAGAAUCGAUAUUAUCUUCACGUAGAACAUGUUUCAGUAGUUCUUCGUUCCCCGGUGCAGACAGUAGUAGCUCUUCCGAUUCUUCAACCGAUGAUAGUGAUAGUGACAGUGAUAGUGGAUCCGAUGAUGAGGUUAUUUCGAAAAUAACACAGUGA